AUGCGCGGAUCGAACGACCGCGUGGAGGUGUUCAAGCUGUCGGAGAACCUCUGGUUCGCCGGAACCGCGCAGCUGCCGCCGUUUGAAGACUCUGGAAACGGUGGGAACAGUGGCGGAGAUAAUAGCGGCGGAGAUAACAGCGGCGGAGAUAACAGCGGCGGAGAUAACAGCGGCGGAGAUAACAGCGGCGGAGAUAACAGCGGCGGAGAUAACAGCGGAAACCACGGCAACGGUAAUGACAACAGCGGAGGCGACUCGAGCGCGGGGUUCGCCGCGGACGGCCCGCGCGACUUUAUGGAGUCGCGCAAGGAGGAGCUGCUGGCGCGGCUUCGCCGCGGCGGCAGUAUCAACGAGAAGUCGCGCGAGGCGCUGGCGAAAGCCGCAAACGGCGGCGGCGCGCGAGGGAGCUCCGCGUCUGCGCCCGCCGCAGCCCCCGCGAGCGCGCCGGCUCCCGCUGUCGAUCCACUGGAGCUACAGCUGGUAAGUUCGCGGGUCGCGACUGGCGCGUUGUUUUUCCCCGGCUUCAGCACCUUGAAUGAGCAGCGAUUGGCGGAGGUGGGGGAAUUCUCGGCGCGUACGACGGAGCUGAAACAAGUGGUGAAGCGGAAACCAACGGUUGGGUUUCCCGGUAUAAGCCAGUACAGUGGUGUGAACUGCGGUACACCGCCUAAGUACAACAAUUCAGUGGUCCGUGUCACCCCUCCUGACGUCGCUCUUUGUGUGGGAAAUGGAUACGUCCUUCACACUGUCAACAUUGCGAUGGUUGUGUACGAUAAGCAAGGGAAGCAGCUCACUCGCAUCAUCACACAAAACGAGUUCUUCGGGUUGCUGCCACAAGUGGUGGAGUGGAGGAAGCCGACCAACACAUCAGUGUUUGGGGACGCCCUCGGGGACAUGUCAUGCACGUAUGACCGCCAGGCGAACCGAUUCUUCCUUUCUGCUUACUGGAUGUCGGGGGGAGCCAACAACACGUAUGACAAGUUUGGGCAGACGAGGAGGAGGGGCAACGUGACAGUGGGGUCAGGGCUGAUAGUGGCAGCGACAACCACAGACGACCCCACCCAGCCCUGGAACGUCUUCUUCAUCCCCGGCUCCAACGAUGGCAUCAACUCCAAUCCGGACUGGAGGGCGCCUCUGCACUUCAACACGUCUCGACUUACCACUCUUAUGGACUACCCUCAGAUCGGCACCGAUGCCUAUGGGUUUUACGUUUCAACAAACGAAUUCGCGUUCGAAACUAGCGACUACUUUGGUUCGUCCAUAUAUGCAAUUUCCAAGUCACAGCUCCAAACACCCGAGAACGCCACCAUUCUCCGCAUCGUCGUACCUUACACAGACAGCCCCAUCAGUCCAGCCUUCACCAUCUGGCCUCAGAAGGUCGCAGCAGAUGGGGACUACGACUACCACCACGGCGGCACCAUGUAUUUCGGCUGGACAGCAGUCAACUCCAAUCCCGGCGCACCCAACGAAACCGUGCUUGUCGGUAACUAUACUACAAUCGGAGCCUUUGCUUUAACGGGCACAAGUGCUCUGGGGACAGCGGACGCGGAGAGAAAGGUUGAGCCACACUGUGCGGCUGUCAGCACUCCGCCGUUCUUCGACCCCCAGCCUGUGAAGCAGAAACCCGGACCUGUUCCCUUGGCCUGGAAAAUGAACACCACGAUUAAACCCAUCUCCCCUGCCUUUUCAAGUGUGAGAGGCGUGGUGGUGUUCCCAGAGAGCAGGCACAUGUGGGUGACGUUUAUGUCCGCCUUUGGCAAGGACAUGAGUGCCUCUGCUGUGGUCGCGAGGCUUCGAUUGUCCCUCCGGCUCAAGCGCAAGUGGCGGCCGUUUCAAGUGUUUCUGGAGCGGUUCAAAGUGGUGGGGGUGGGCGGAGGGAACAGCCUGAUUCAGCCCACCAUCGCUCUCAACAGCCAAGGCGAGGGAAUCAUAGCAGCAUCGCUGGCAGGGCGAUCCUUCUACCCCUCAGCUGCCUAUGGCACUCUCAACGCCAAUGUGGAUGUCGGCCGCAUCAACGUUGCUGGCCCGGGGAAAGCGCCUCUUGAUGACUUCUUUGGGUACCUCUAUGGGGAUGCAAUGCGGUACGGCGACUACAUGACGGCGACGGUGGACGAGGAGGGCAACGCGUGGGCGGCAGUGCAGUAUGUGGCGGGGCAUCCUCGCACUGAGAAGAGCAACUGGGCUACCUUCGUCUUUAAAGUGGACCUUCAGGGGAAUGGGGGGAAUGGGGAUGGGGGGAAUGGGGGCAGCGGGGGAAGUGGGGAUAAUGGAGGGAGUGAUGAUAACGGGGGGAAUGGGGGUCACGAGGGGAAGUAG